AUGAAGUUCGCAUGGUUGCUCGCUACCCUCUCUGCUACGGCAUUGGCAGCGCCUGAGCUCGAAGAGCGCGAUGCUGCUACGACUGACUCCAUCAAUUGGUCUUCUCUUGGGCAUGCUUUGCAAUCGCUCACUAUCUCAAUGCCUACCAAGACCGCGAACUUAGAUAAUAUUUCUCCGCCUCCACGCUCCUUGAUCCCGGAGAUUGUUCAGAACGUGCCUCCUUCAGUUCUGGCUCAGCUGGUGAUUCCCGCCCAGCGAAGCUCAAUUGCCAGCGAGUUUCAAGCGGGACACACUCCAUCCUGGUACAAUGCUCUCCCUACGGGCGUCAAGAGCUACCUGUCCGCGGUGAAGAAGCAAAUGUCCGAGGGCGCAUUGACGGCUACCACGGGAAAAAACAGCCCUGCGGAGGCUACUGCCUCGGGAACGAAAGAUGGCGGCGCAUCAUCUACAACAUCAUCAGGAAUGGCCGCGGCAGCCGCUCAGCCAACGGGCGGGCUACUACUAGGAGGCAUGGGGGCCUUAGGCGUGCUUGGGGUAGCAUUGGCGCUGUGA